UUCCGCCUGCCAGCUGGACAGCACUCCUCCCUGCGUCACCUUUCCUUUAAAGACGCGGGCUCCGCCCACUACGGCAGGCGAAGGGGGCUGCCCGCAGGGGCCGCUCCCUGGCUUCUUCCGCCAGAGCUUACCAAUCGCCGACCCGGCAAAGCUGGCAUUCUCCUCUAACGAAGAGCUUUUCUUCACCACCUGGGGAUGAUUGCUGAUUACAGUUCUUCCUAAAAAGAGCCUUUGCCACAUCUGCAGCUGGAGUCCCAACCAGGUAGCAACUGUAAGUGAGUUCAUCUCCUUCGCUGUGGGCGGAACAUCUGGCCAUAGAUCUCACUAAGGAUGGCUGCUCUUCUUCUAAAGAGGCUAACGUUACAGACCAUAAAGACUGAAAAUAAUUGCAUUAGCAGGUGUCUUGGUAAAUACAUCCUGCACAAGACCAUACCAGCGCAGCUGUCCCUUGGAGCUUCUGUCCCAAGACUGUCCUACCUGGUUCAUGCAAAAGCUUUCAGUACUGCUGCAGACACCCAGGACGAAAGAAAGAAGAAGAAAAAGAGUGAGCCAGCUUUUAGCAACAUCGGCAGAAAAAUUCAUGAGCGAGUCAUUCACGUGCUGGAUGAGGCAGGCAAUGAUUUGGGAAACAUGCACCGAGCAGACGUGAUCAGGCUCAUGAAUGAGCGGGACCUGAGGCUCGUUAAACGGGACAGCGGCGUGGAGCCUCCGCAGUACCAGCUCCUGACGGGGGCACAGAUUCACAAGGAGCAGCUGAGACUUCGGGAACUGGAAAAGGCCCGCCCCAAACCUGGGCCUACCCUGACAAAGGAACUCACUUUUUCUUCAACUAUUGGACAACAUGAUUUGGACACAAAGAAUAAACAGAUUCAGCAGUGGAUUGAGAAAAAAUACAAAGUUCAAAUUACCAUAAAAAAAGGGAAGAACACAGAGGAGCCAGAACAUAAGAUGGAGGAGAUCUGUAAUCAAAUACUCCAGACUAUGCCUGGAAUAGCUACCUUCUCAUCCCGGCCACAGCCUGUUCGGGGAGGAAAAGCUGUAAUGUGUGUUCUUCGUCAUCUGAGCAAAAAGGAAGAGAAUGCGUAUAGAGAAACUCAAGGAACCCAGAAAGGAGACACUCUGAACAAAGAAAACAGAAACAAUCAAGAAUCGGAUGUUGUGCAUCAGUGAUUUUAAUAAAGAAAAGUGUGCUUCUUAGCGGAAA